AUGAAAAGGCACUUUCACACAAGUGUCAGAACAUUGAGACGAGCUGCGGGCUCAGGUUCCCCUUCAAAAGAUGUGCAAGCGAUCAAAAAGACAAUCUCUAGAAGCACUACAGGUAUCGAACCUCCGGUGGACAUCAAGAGUCUGGAAGAAAUACAAGAGGGUCUGAAUAGUCGCUACUUCCAGCAAUAUUUCAAACCCUCGAAGAAAUGGUUUAGUCAAAAUUUUGGUACUGCUGAUCAGGAACUUAGGAACUUUCUGAACAUUGAUCCGCUGGCUCUGACUCCAAAUGAAAAGGAACAUUUGGUAGCCGGCUUGGACCCAACAGCGUUUAAUAAAGAUACAAACACUUUUUUCUUGGAUCCUACGCGGUUAUUGCGCUCACCGCUGGACGUGGGUGAUGUUGUUCUGCUCCGAUCAAAUCCAUCCCAACUCUGCAUGUGUGUCGAAGUACCCACUGACAUUGCCGAUCCGCGAUAUACAUUUGCAACAAUUGACGGUCAUAUGAAAUUUGGGACGAGAAAUAUGGUUUUACUGAGAAUGCCUUCAUUCCACCGUCGUGCUGUGAGCGACCUGGUUCAAGAAGAAACGACAGUCGCCGAAAUGAAUCGCAUUGGAACCGUGAAAAAUUCACCUGAACGCUCUUACAUUCUGCCAGUAGUAGCGCGCCAAAUGUUCACAUCAUAUGUUCCAUAUGAAAUUACACAGGCUGCAUGGAACAAUAUGCCCCUCAUAACUCGGAAGCUCGAACUCCUACACAGAUACCUUCAAAAAUCUUCUGGUCCUUGGCAAGUAUCUCUCUUCACUUUGUGCAAACUAGUUAUGGAAUUAGAUCUCCCUAGUUGCAGAUCGUUGUCGCCAGAGGAGUACAUACCGCAGGUUUUCCAGAAGGCUGGUUUGAGCGGAAAUUUUUACGCCUUAGGCGACCAAAACUUUGGCGACGAAGCCUUUGGCAGGAUAAGUGCUGCCGAGUUUCUUGCAACUUAUUGGGCUUUGAUUCAACAGCAAGAGGACAACUUGUGGGGUAAGAUCCAUGUGCACCGUGCCAUGUUGACCCCGAUUUCUGUCACCGUUUUACCGCUAGAAUCACAUCAUCUAUUUUACGAAAGAGCGAUCGCCAAGCUUGAGGCUAAAGACUAUGCGCGCAUCAAAAAAUUUGCAUCUUUCGUAAAUGAUUCAAAUUUUAAAGCCGCGUUACAGGACUUCCCAGAGAUUGUGAGGCUGUUGAAGGACUACGCCGGAAACAAUUUCAACAACAGCGGCCAAAUCACUGUCAUAAUUUCAAAGAUUUUUCGGCAUGUUGAAAGAUUCAAGGAUCGAGACGUCUCAAGAGAUUUGUGUCAUGACCUGCUGAAACUUCUGAUACCCGAUAUGACCAUCAAUCCUCUUCUUUUAAACAAUGAUCUAGCUCUGCCGAUUGCUUCUAAUAGGGCUGCUCUAGAGGAGAGAUUGCUUAAUAUCGUCGAGCCGGUUCUCACUGAAGAUUCUGGCCGGCAUGAUUUUGGUAAUAUGAACGUUUACUGCAUUGACGCAGAGACAGCUCACGAAAUAGAUGACGGCAUUUCUAUCGAGUGGCUUGAGGAAAAUUUAUAUGCCCUACACAUUCAUAUCGCUGAUCCUGUCUCGCUUUUCGAAAAUGCGUCGUCAAGCCUCGGGUUCAACGACGUAUUCAAUGUUGCGUUCCAAAGGGGCUUUACAACAUACCUGCCAGAUACAGUGCUGCCAAUGCUCCCGACCAAAUUUUGUCGCGCUGCGGAUAUGGGCCAAGACGGAGUCAGAACUAAAACGAUUUCAUUUUCUGUUAACGUCAGGGCUAAUAAAGAUGAUAUCAAUGUUGACGCUGACAGCUUCAAGAUAAGGCUAGGGCUUGUGUCUAAUUUCCCGAAAUUUACUUACAACGACGUGGAUCAGGUCUUGGACAAGUCAAAACAUUCGUCUUCUAACAUACAGGAGAAAGAGCUAUUCAUGCUGUACCAAAUGGCGCUUCUUUUGAGGUCUCGCCGAGUCAAAGACCACAAUGCAAUAAUUUUUGGCGAAGGCUUCAAUAAUGGCUUCGUGAGCCUAAACUCGAACGACGUAUGUGAGCCUAAUCAAAUCAAUUUUUCCGACCAGCGGGAAACUAAGUCAACCAUUUUGGUCUCUGAAAUGAUGAUUCUGGCCAAUACAUUAGCUGGCAAGUUCUUCGCUAAAAAUGAAAUACCCGGCAUUUUCAGAUGCUACAAAGAACUACCUCUCAAGGCUAAGGCGCAAGAAGCCUACAGAGCCAUGCAACGCAAGUCAAAGUUUGGUGAGCUCCCGGGCGUCAAAGAAAUUACUAAAGUUUCUGCGUUACUUAAUUCAAGCUUCUACGCAGGUAAUCCCUCGCAACAUGAUAUGAUUGGUGCCAAUGAAUAUCUCACGGUCACGUCCCCCAUGAGACGAUUUGCCGAUCUGGUCAACCAUUUACAAAUUUACCAUCACCUCGAAAGAUCAACAUUCAAGUUCGAUAGAAAACAAAUUGAUAAAAUUGCUGCUCAAAUUCAAUCUAGAGACGUCAUUCUCAAAAACUUGUCACGCCAAUGCCAAGCCUAUUGGACUUUGAAAUUUUUACGAUCAUUAAUGGAAAAAGAUCCAAAUUUCACAGUUCCAGCGAUGGUAACCGCUGUACCCGAUAUGGGCUCUGUUCGAUGUGUUUUACCACAUCUUUCUGCAGCUAAAGGUAUAUUAAAACUUAACCUAUCGAAGGACUCGACCCCAAUAAUCGGCGAUAUAAUUCCUCAUUGCACCAUUUCUAAAUUAGAUUGUCUUGACGGCCUGAUAGAACUUGAAAUUGCUUCUUAG